UUUGACUCCAAGCCUCUGUAUGGUUUUAUUCCUCCUAAGAUAUACAGGGUGACUUCUGGAGAUGUUUGCUGUUAUUUCCUUCAUCUUUAUUCUAAUGAUCUGUCAGCCUGGGGUGAGCCUACAGGAAAAGGAAAACCGGAGAGUAAGUCGAAGUGCUCAGAGCUUCACCCCCAGACCAGUCACCUGUCAACUGGGCAGCUGGGCAGAGUGGACAGAUUGUUUUCCAUGCCAGGACCUAAAGUACCGAUACCGAAGCCUCCUGCAGCCAAACAAGUUUGGGGGCACCAUCUGCAGCGGCAGUGUCUGGGAUCAAGCCAGCUGUCACAGUUCCACGUCGUGUCUGAAACCAGCCCAAUGUGGCCAGGAUUUCCAGUGCAAGGAAACAGGUCGAUGCCUGAAAAAACAUCUGGUAUGUAAUGGGGACAUGGAUUGCCUUGACGGCUCGGAUGAGAGUGACUGUGAAGAUGUCAGGAUCCCAGAGGAUGACUGCACCCUGUAUGAGCCCAUUCCAGGGUCAGAGAAAGCAGCCUGGGGGUACAAUAUCCUGACCCAGGAAGCAGUACAGAGCGUGUACGAUGCCAAGUACUAUGGGGGGCAGUGUGAGACGGUGUACAACGGCGAGUGGAGGAUGCUGCGCUACGACCCUAUCUGUGAGCGCCUCUACUAUGGAGAGGACGAAAAGUACUACCGGAAACCCUACAACUUUCUGAAGUACCACUUUGAGGCAAAGGCAGAUACUACUAUAUCCUCAGAGGAGUAUUAUAAUGCCAAUGACCUUCUUUCAACCAUGAGAGAUUCCGAAUCUGUGUCAGGUGGAGUGACUGUUGGUGUUGGCCUUGCAAAAGUCCCCUUGACAGUAGAAGUGGGUUUAUCCGGGUCACGAGCUUCCUCACUCUUGAAUAAGUUAAGCAAGUACCAAAAUAAGAAAUAUAUCUUUGAGAGAAUUUUUACCAAGGUGCAGACCGCUAGUUUUAAGAUGAGAAGAAACAAUAUUGUGCUGGAUGAAGGAAUGCUGCAGUCAUUAAUGGAACUUCCAGACCAUUAUAAUUAUGGCAUGUACGCCAAGUUCAUCAAUGACUAUGGCACCCAUUAUAUGACAUCUGGAUCCAUGGGUGGCAUUUAUGAAUAUAUCCUGGUAAUUGACCAAGAGAAAAUGGAAUCGCUUGGUGUUACCAGCGAAGAUGUCAAGAACUGCUUUGGAGGCUCUGUGGGCAUCAAUUACGAUAUAGGUUAUGGCAUAGAUGUUGGGGGAAAAUUAUCAGGAGAACUUUGUGGACAUACUGGAGAGGGCAAGAAUGACACCAAAGGGAGCGAUCUGGUGAUACAGGACGUCAUUUCCCUCGUGCGUGGUGGCAGCACUGGCUGGGGUGGUGGCUUGUCACAGAACAGCAGCAUCAUUACAUACCGAUUCUGGGGGAGGUCAUUAAAAUAUAAUCCUAUUGUUAUUGAUUUUGAGUUGCAGCCCAUUCAUGAACUGCUGCGCCACACGACCCUGGGACCACUAGAAACCAAACGGCAGAACCUGCGCCGGGCCUGGGACCAGUACCUGAUGGAGUUCAACGCCUGCCGCUGUGGGCCCUGCCUCAACAAUGGGAAGGCCAUCCUUGAGGGCACCAGCUGCAGAUGCCAGUGUACCCCAGGCCACAAGGGCCUGGCCUGUGAACAGAGCCUGCGGAGAGGAGAUAAGGCGGAUGGUCACUGGAGCUGCUGGAGCUCCUGGUCAGCUUGCACAGCAGGCACCCAGGAAAGGAGGAGAGAGUGCAACAACCCAGCGCCCAAGAAUGGAGGAGCCUCUUGUCCAGGGCGGGGAAGUCAGACUCAAGCCUGCUGAGGGCCUCUGCAGAGGCCGGGGCAGAUUCAGCAGUGCUCGCCAACCACAAUAACCACUGGAUCGAAGACUUCUGCCAUGGAGAGAAAUGCUGAAUCAUCAAGGACUUCAUCCUGCCACCCUCAGUUCUGACUCAGGCUGUUUCAACCUAUACCCAUUGGUUCUCUUACCCACAAAGUUCAGUUAUUCAAAACCUGCGUGUUGAGCACUCUCUGAGUCCAUCCUGCUCACAGCACUUAACGUCGUUCAUAAAAGAGAGAAAGAGAAAGAGAGAAAGGGAGAGGGGGAGAGAGAGGAUGAAAACUUGUCUUAGAUGAACUUCUAAGAUGUUCAAAGGAUAAGGCAGGCAGUUGCUCUUCAAACGAAGUAGGAUGAGAAUGAUCUCAGUUCUUUGAUAACAGGAUCUGUUCGCUCAUAGAGCUAUUGCUGAUUGGGAGGA